AUGCUCCUCUCCUGGUCCCGGCUGUACAGGGUGUUCGACCGCUGCUCCGCUCUGGUCGUCACGGCCGAGGAGAACAUCUGCUGCGAGGAGCUGAGCGCCAAGAUGGCGGCGGCGCUGGACCCGGAGGCUCUGAGCGCUCCGCCCACGGCGAGCGCGCUGGCCGGCAUGCUGCAGGUGAUGGUGGAGUGUGUGGACUUCUCUCCGUUCACGCCGCAGUUCCAGCAGAAGCUGCAGUCUCCUCACACGCCGGUCGGCCGGACGCAGAAGAAGAGCCGCGCUCUGGGGAACCUGUCCGGGUUCCUGUCGCUGCUGGUGCGCUGCCUCGUCGCCUGGCUGGACGCCCCCGCCUCGUCCUGCGAGGCCGCGGCGCCGGCGCUGCUCGCCGUCGUGUCGGCGCUCUUCGGCGGCCUCGCCCUGCCCGACGCCGUUCGGGAGGCGCUGGCCGGCCUGGUCCCGACGCUCGCCCGCCUGUUCGGGGAGGAGGGCGGCGAGCCUCACGUAAAGGUGGACAAGCAGCUGGAGAAGCUCCUGGCGGACGUGCUGGGCGGCCUGCAGACCCGCUCGGCUCUGGCCUUCGACUCGGAGCUGCUGGCGCUGCUCUCGCCUCUGCUCUGCGCCGCCUUCCCGCACAGGAACAAGCAGGUCCGCCUCGCCGCCACGCACUUCUGGAACGCCACCUUCGCCAACACCGCCAGCCUGUCGUACCCCGAAGAGAUCAGGCCCGUCCUGCUGCAGGUGAGGCAGAGAACUCCCAUCAUCCUCCCCGGCUUCCAGGCGUCGGACGUUCCCGGCGAGCUGGGCGGACUGGAGGCGAGUGAGAGCUCCCAGCUGGAGACGAAGAUCAGCGGCAUCCCCGUCUCGGUGGGACUGAAGGACUGUCGGGUCAGUCUGCCGGCCGGGUCAAAGGACAAGACCCCCACGACCCCCAAGACCCCCAAACCGGCCUCUACCAAACUGGACUUCGGCUCUCCCAAACCGCCUCGCCGAGACGUCCUGGAGGAAGAAGCCUCCAUCGACUUCGUCUUCAUCCCCCCGGAGGCCAAAGAGCGAGUCCUGACGGAGCACCAGAAGGAGGUGAUGAGGACCAAAAGAGUGGACAUCCCGGCCAUGUACAACAACCUCGACGCCUCUCUGGACACCACGGCGUUCAGCCAGUACACACAGAGCCAGGACGACUCGCAGGACAAGCUGCCAGCGCAACCCGCCGCCGCCGGAGACUCCGCCGCUCAGGUUCCCCAAAAAGAGGUAGCAAUCCAGGAAGUCUCUGAAGUUGUCGCUGAAGAUGGGGAGAGGGCGGAGCCUCGUCCCGAUUCUGCUGGCAUUCCUGCAGCGGAAGAGGGCGAGUGUGACGAGACGGCGCCGGCGGACGGCGGGUCGAAAGAAAGCCCCGGCCUCAACGCGUCGUCGUCCUCGGACGUGGUGUCGGGAACUCCACAGAAGCUCAACAGUCGUCGUCAGUCAUUCAUCACCCUGGAGAAGUACGCCGAGGGGAAGUCUGGCAGCCCGAGCGUCGUGUCCUCUUUCACCGGUCCUCUGGCGAAAGCCUCCACAGGGUCGAGCCAGACGUCCCCCUCUCCGGAGGCCGCCUCGCCCCCCAACUUGCAGUCCAGCCAGACGACAAGUUCCCAACACUCCGCCGAGUCGCCUCGACGGCCGAAAGAGUCUCUGGGCAAACCGGAGCCCAUCAAACUGACGGAGAGGCUUCCCGGCGACGCAGCGGCCGAGGACGACGUCAUCCCAGACACACAGGCCCGGGACGGAAAGGAAAUUUGUAAAACACCUUCCAUGUCGGAGGAAAUGGGGUCUCCCAGUCAGGAAGAGGAGGCCGAGUCAGUGCUGGAUGAUUCCCAGUCAUCCGUGUCCAGCUCAAGUCGGUCCAGACGGCCCAGAGUCCCGCCUCCGCUCCCCGGAGAGGACCUCAGCCAGCGGGACGCCAAGUUGUCUCAGCUCAAGAGGAAACGAUCUCAAGAAGAAUCUCAAAGCGAGCCGGAGCAACAACGGCGAAACACCCGGAGCCAGCAGGCCGCCGAGGAAAUGAGCCGCAGGAUACGGACGAGAUCGAAGGGGGACGGGGGUUUAUCCAGCCCGAAGGACUCGCAGGAAAAACAGCGCAAGAGAAUCAAGCUGUUCAACAACUCAGAGGACUUAGAACGCAGGCGUAAAAGGUCCAGCGGCCCGGAGUCCAGUCAGACGGACGACGACAGUCAGACGCCGAAGAGGCGCGGUCGGCCGAAGAAAGCCGUCAACGCUAUCCGUGAACCGAGCGCCGCGGAAGCGACGAGUUUUUCUGACAAAGAGGACUCCAGUUCGAAGGAAUCCAGUUCGAUUGCUGACGAGCCCUUGGAGCCGAACGAGGACAUUAAGUUAAAUGAAGACUCACAGAUCCGGUGUCCUCAAAGUGCUGGCAGCCCCCAAGAGUCUGAACCUGCUACACAGACCGAAAAAGACCAGGACGAGCCCAACAAGGGUUCACAAGUUGUUGCUUCGCCCCCCAAAAAACAGUCCCGAGAGCACGAGCCGGAGUUGGAGGCGAGUCCUCCUUCAGAGAGGAAGUCCUCGGAUGACGUGAGCUCUAGACCUACAGCAGCAGGAAGUCUGGAUGAACCCCUGAGUCAAGAGGACUCAGAGGUUCUCACACCCUCUUCUGAUAGCCAGUCACAACGUAGAUCCAGAAGAAUCAAGGCGUCUCCCGAAACAGUGGAAUCACAAGACCAAAGCAAGGAUUCACAGAAACGGCAAACGAGGUCCAGUUCCCAGAUCCAGAGUGAAGGAAGAACUACGAAGAGGAACUCUGCCCCCGCUUCGGGGGCCAGUGCAGACUCCUCUGGAUCAGAAUCCUCAGACGCCAAAGAAAGCCCAGCGACUGUCAAAAAGAAAGGGUAUGUUCAUCGAAUAGUGCUGCGAAAUCCUCAAGUCAUGACGUUAAAGGAGCUGACCGGCCCAGACAGCGACGAGUUCCAGGAGGCAGAGAGCCCCUCCGACACCGAAGAAUCCUCUGACCUGGAGGUUCUCCAGGGACCACAGGAUGCUGAGAACAAAUCCACGACAGAGCUGGAGGAGGCAGCUCCUCUGAAAGAAGAAGACGGUACAAAAGAUCCGUCCCCUGUUCAGGCCGAGCAAAGAGAUUCCAGAACAAGUCAAGAGACGACUUCACAAGGUGACGCUGCCGAGGUGGAGUCUUCAGGCGUCCUAGAAGAAGCAGAAGAACCUCGAAAAGAUGACGAAGAUGGGGCUGCAACACUUCCACCACUCAAUGAGACGACUGAGAGCGCCGUCUCAGAGUCUUCAGGAGCUGAAAUGGAUUCUGGAAAAACUCCUGAUGAUUCAGACGCUGACUGCCUCCAACAUCCAGAGGAGGCCGGAGAAGAGACGGAUCUGGAGACGAGCCGAGUCCAGGACGAGGAGGAGCAGCAGCAUCCCGACACCUCUGCCGAGGACGGAGCCUCGUCUGUGGCGGAGAACAACCAAGACUUGAAAACCCAGAUUUCAGAGAGUCUGGAGGACCCGGCGAGUUCCGACAAAGAAGAGCCCGGCGUAAAUACCCACGCUGCCCCGGGAGAACUCUGCAGGACUAAUCUGCAAGAUUCUCCAUUGAAACAGAAAGACCUGGAGGCCGUGGUGGCCUCGGACGUGGGCCAGAGCCCCGGCGGCGGCAGGACCAGAGGGAUCUGGUCUCCGUCGGCCUCGCCGUCCAGCAGCAUCCUGAAGAAGAGCCAGAAGAGGCAGCUGGAGGCCGACAGUCCGUCGCCCCUGGUCAAGUCCAGGCGAGUGUCUUUCGCCAAUCCGAUCCAACAGCAGGAGACCGCUGACGACAUCGACCGCCGCAGCCCGGCGGUCAGAACCAGCUCGCCCAGACGCUCCAAAGGCGGCGGCAACCCUCCGCCGAAGCUGGUGACGACUCCGACGAAGGGCCUGCUGAUCCUGAGCCCCCGGAACCUUCACAGCUCCGGCUUCAAGAGCUCCAAGAAGUGUCUGAUUUCCGAGAUGAGCCAGGAGCCCCGCCCCGUCUCCAAACACUGCAUCUACCCGGCGCUGGUGGGCUGCUCCGCCCCCGUGGAGGCGGUGCUGCCUCAGAUCUCCAACAUGUGGUCUCGAGGCUUCGGCCAGCUGGUCCGGGCCAGAAACAUCAAGACGGUGGGCGACCUGAGCGCUCUGACCCCCGCCGAGGUCAAGACCCUGCCCAUCCGCUCCCCCAAGAUGUCCAACGUCAAGAAGGCGCUCCAGACCUACGAGCAGCAGAGGAAAGGACGCGGCGGCGGCGACGAGACGGAGAGGAUGACGUCUGAGGUGGAGGAAACGAGCGCUCCCCAGACCACCGACGAGGACGACAUGACCACCGGAGAGACUCUGGCCACGGAGCUGCCGGACGAGGUCGUCGCAGAGCCGCAGGAGGCCCGGGGACUCCCGGAGGUCAGGGAGGCCCCCCUGCUGUCGGAGCUGCAGGCGCUGUGCUGCAGGGCGAGCCCGGCGGCGCUCGGCCGCUGCUCGCUGCAGGAGCUGGUCGACGCCCACCAGCUGCUGGGAGGCCUGAUGAGCAGCGUAGUGAGGGAGCUGAAGAGCCGGGCAGAGGGGGCGGGGCCUGUGCCUUAG